AUGGCUGGAAUCAUCUUUUGUGAAGCCACAGAGCUCUAUAAUUUAUUGAAUCAGUGCACAAACUACUCCAGGUUAACAGAGCCUAUUUACCUUUAUUUAGUUGAUGUACGAACAAAGUCUCAGUAUGAUGAAAGUCAUGUGAUAACAGCCAAGAGAGCAAAAAUGGAUGCAUAUGGUAAUUAUUUGCUACCACAAGAUAUAGAGCUUGAGUGUGUAAAGUAUUGUGUGGUAUAUGAUGGACACACAAAAUCAUCUGACGUGGAAGGUCCUGCUAUACUAUAUGCAAAGCUACUGGAAGUUUUCAGUCGCCAACCUAUCAUGGUCCUAAAUGGUGGGUACGAAUUCUUCUCUGCCUGCUAUCCAUUCUUCAGGACACAGAAAAUAUUUUACAUGCCACAGGAGCUGGAUGCUUUUGAACCCUAUCCUGCUGAGAUUUUACCAGCCAAACUUUACAUGGGUGCUUUUAAACAAGCCUCUGACAGAAAGAUGCAGAAAGAUCUAAAAAUCAAGGCUUACCUCAACCUCUGUCGUGAAAAAGAGAUCAUCAUUGCAGAAGAGAGCUUUACUCCAAUAUUACACAUUCCUUCUUCAGAAGAAACUAAUCUUCUGGCCCACUUCCCAAUGAUGUGUGAAUUCCUCGAUGACCAAUUAGAUAAAGGUGUGGUGCUGGUAUUCUCCACUUUGGGUAUAAGUCGUUGCUGUACUGUAGUGAUGGCCUACCUCAUGCAUUCUCAGAAAAUUACACUGAAGGAUGCUUGGGCGCUUGUUCAGAAGUGUAAAGCAAGCAUUCGGCCACAUCGAGGUUUUGUAUGGCAGCUUUCUAAAUGGGAGAAAUCUGUAUUGCAGCAAACGAUCACAAAUGUCUCUGACCCUUAUUACUGA